AUGCUUGCACGAAAGCCGACGCGUGCUCCGGGUGCAUGGACUCACCACGCUGCAAAGUUCUUGGCGCUUGUGGGACUGCUCAGCUCAGUGUUCGGCAGCCUGGGCCACGCUUUCACGUCCUUUCGGCCGCCUGGAAGCCGCUGCCCUUCGGUCUUCCAGCGAGCUUCAAAGGUCGUCAUUAGUGGUGCCGGACCUGCUGGGCUGCUGGCCGCCCGGUGCAUCCUGGAUCGGCGUCCAGAGGCGGAAGUGGAAAUGCUCGAGAAACGAGGUGAUCCCCGCACGGAGCAGAUCACAGGCUUUCGCGCCUACUCCCUGGGACUUAACAUCCGUGGCCGCACUGCGCUGCAGCACUGGGAGGGUCUUUGGGACCUGGUCUCCAGCAAGGGCAUCCUUAGCGACAAGUUCCUUCUACAUCUCGGUGGCCAACAGCUGCAGCUUCGUGCAAACCGACCUGGCAGCGUGCCAACUCUUCUCAUUGCCCGAAACGAUCUGUGCUCAGCGCUCCUGCAUGAUCUGGAGACGCGGCACGGGGCAUCAGGAUCAGGUCGGCUGUCCAUGAAGUUCGGUGAGACCUUGCAAGACAUAGACCUGGAGCACCGCACUUGCAAAACGUCGCUCGGGCGACAGAUGUCGUAUGAUGACCUCAUAGGCGCAGACGGGGUAAACUCAGUGGUGCGGACUGCCCUGAGCUCCGUAUCUGACUUCUGCUGCGAGUCUGUGGACUUGCCAGGACAGUUCAAGGUGUGGGUGGGGCCAUGUCCCGAAUCCCUGGACCCUAUGGCGGUGCAUGCCAUGAGCUCCCAGGAUUACACCCUGUUCUCCAUUCCUCGUGUUGACGGCCGUCUGUGCACCAUCUUGUCCUGGACAGGGGAGAAGGCUCCCGCCUUCCUAGAGAACUCACAGGAGGCUGUGAGGCAACAAAUCGGCCAAGACUUUCCGAGCUUCGGCCCUCCAGCUCUGUCCGCAAUUGAGCAGCUACAGGCUCAGAGGCCCAGCAAGGCAACCACCAUACGCGCCAACAGAUAUCACGACAGGGCCGGCCGCGCCAUGCUGCUCGGAGAUGCGGCGCACUCAACGGGAGGCACGCUGGGGCAAGGCGCAAACAGUGCGCUGGCAGAUGUCGUGUUCUUGGACCAGCUUUUGGAAAAGCAUGGGGAGCCAGGCAUAUCGGUUGUCGAGGACAUAGGUGAGGAAUUCUCUGCUGCCCGUCAGCCAGAAGGUCUGGCGCUGUGGAAGUUGUUGCAGCUGCCUCCCAAAGGUCCUCUCUCGGCCCUCUACGUGAUUUCUCAGGGCCUGGCGGGUUUGGUGUCCAGAUUUCUGGAUGGGCUACCGCUGGCUCCACCCGUGCAGAACCUGUUGAGUGAGACCACCACGCCAUACGCCGAAAUCGUGAGCGCCAACAAGUUCUGGCUGGACUUGGCAUUGAAAGACGCACCGGGAGCCCUCCCCAGCACCGCCGCGGAAAUUGUGGGCCAAGUGCUGUUUGACCAGGUCGCACCGGAGGGCACCGAAGCGCACUGA